CCACUCCCUUUCCUGUCCCGCCCCGAGCGCCAAGCCCCGCCUCAAAGGGCGGGGCUGAGGCGGGGCUCUGGCCCUCGCUGUUUCUCCCGCGCGCUUGGCUGUGCGCGAGCGGUGGAGCGGUGCGACCGCCGCGUGUCCCGCCCGCCGCCCCGCGUCGGCUCCGCGCUGGAGAGGUCGGUGCCGGACACCGUGGCCUCGGCCGGGGCGGCGCCCUGGGCCGCCCUGGAGGCCCCCGCCCGCCUCCUGCUGCAGGCGCUGCAGGCGGGGCCCGAGGGCGCGCGUCGCGGCCUGGGGGUUCUGCGCGCCCUGGGCCGCCGCGCCGAGCACUUCCCUUGGGACGGCUUCCUGGAGGCGCUGGGCCGCGCAGAGCCCGAGGUGCGGGGCCCCGACGGCCGCCUGGAGCUGGUUCCACUGUUGCUGCGGUUGCCUGGGGUCUGCCGGAAAAACCUGAUGUGCCUGCUGAUGGCUGUUCGACCCUCGUUACCUGAGAGCGGCCUCCGAUCUGUGCUGCAGCUGGCCCAGCAGGACACAGCGUCUAACCCUGAUGCCUGGCUCCACGCCCUGGCGGAGCUGCUGCGAAGGGAUGUGGGGCUCCCAGGCCCGGCGGGGGGUGCCUCACCAUUAUCCACAAGCUGUCGGUCACAGCUCCAAGACCUGUGUGGGCGGCUGGGCCAGGGCGGGAGGGGCCUGAAAUCAGCCCUGGCUGCAGAUCCUGAGCCAGAGGACAGGCACUCUCAGCUUUGUGGGAAACGGAGCAAGGAGCCAGAGGAAGAGCCUGCCAGCCCUGAGUCAGAGAGAGCCCCUAAGAGGUUCCGGGGUUGUGAGGAGGACUCGGCGGCGGCGGAAGGAAAGGACCAGGAAGAGGGACCCCAGCUGGAGUCCUGGGAAUCACCUUCCAAAGGUGCAGGAGGUGUGGUGCCUGACGCUGAAGCCCAGAUGCCUGAGGCCAGCCCAGGUGCUGAGGAGGCCGAGCGUCCAGCCCAGACUGUGGAGUUGCCCAAAGUUGUCCAGGACCAGGUCCCCAGGCUGCAGGAGCUGCUGAAGGCCUUCCAGGAGGGCCUGGAGGGCUUGGAAGAGCAGCUCUCAGUGGACCUGCAGUGUCUCCAUGAGUGUAGUCCCAGCCAGAUGGAGGUGCUCUGCAGCCAGCUGCAGCUGCCCCAGCUCCCUGACGGAUGCGUCCUGCAGCUCUGCAGCCGCCUGCUGGGUCUCACGCCAGCCCUCAGCAUCGCCAGCGCCUCCGUGCUGGCCAGGAGCCUCUUUCUGGAUCGGAUCCUCUCGCUGCCGGCCUCCGCCUCCAGGCUGCUCAGAGCUGCCCUGGUCUCCUUCUGCGUGAAGUAUACCUACGCUGUGUGCAAGGCUGUGCUCUGUCCCCUGCUGCAGGACCCGGGCGUAGGUCCCGCCCAGGCCGAGUUACUGUGUUCCCUUAUGAAGGAUGGGUCUCUGGAGCCGGACAUGCAGCUCCAGAUCCUGGGGCAGGUCCUGGAGCUGGCGUGGCGGGAGGAGGCCUUCCUGGUGUUGCAGGCGCUGCUGGAACGGCAGGUGGAGAUGACCUCUGAGGUGUUCAGUGUCUUGGUGCAGAGGCUCUGCAAAGAGGGACCCACAGCCACCACCUCCAUGGCCUAUGCCAAGCUGAUGCUGACAGUGAUGACCAAGUACCAGGCCAGUAUCACAGAGCAGCAGAGCCUGGAUCUGGCCAUGGCCCUAGAGCCCAACGCCACCUUCCUGAAGAAGUCCCUGCAGGCGGCACUGAGACAUCUGGCCCACUGACCACCCGCAAGGACCCCCUGACCCCUCACCUUAGAACUGAGCACAGCCAUCUCAGGAGUCAGCUGCCACCUGUCCAAUAUCCAAGCUGUGCAGAGGCCAUCUUGACAUCAGGAAGAGCAGAGAGGAGGCCUAGCUCCAUGCUGGCUCCCACUCCUGGUCGCAUCACAACAUGGGGACCGUGGAGGAUUGGUGCUGUACGUGAGAGCCGGGGUUCCUGUGUGCUCAGCAUGAAUCUGGUGCUCGGGUAGAAGUCGUGGCCCUCCUUUUUGUUUCGGAACUAAAUAAUUUUGUAAUAGUUUUCAAUAAAAAGAAGAAAGUUCA